AUGGGGAAUGCGUCGUCAAUGCUAACGCAAUACGACAUAGAAGAGGUUAAACAACACUGUGAUAAUCUAUUUUCCCAGCAAGAAAUAGUGUCACUGUAUCAAAGGUUUUGCCAGCUAGAUCGAAAUGCAAAAGGUUUUAUCUCAGCUGAUGAAUUCUUAUCAGUGCCUGAGUUUGCAAUGAAUCCACUCUCUCAGAGGCUGCUUAAAAUGGUGGAUGGCUUGAACUUCAAGGACUUUGUUGCCUUCUUAUCUGCUUUUUCUGCUAAAGCAAGCGUGGAGCACAAAAUAGGACUUAUUUUCAGAGUAUAUGACUCAGAUGGUAAUGGAAAAAUAUCUUUCAAUGACAUUCUGGAAGUUCUUCGGGAUUUGUCCGGUGCAUUCAUGUCCGAUGAGGAAAGAGAGAAAGUCUUGAGCAAAGUUUUGAAGGAGGCAGGUUACACAAGGGAAUCAUACUUGACGCUGGAUGACUUCAUUAAGGUUUUUGGAAAUUCUGGCCUAAAAAUGGAGGUCGAAAUCCCAAUUGACUGA